CGGAGGUUUCAUUCUAGCUCUAAUAUUUGCCGCUCUAAGAAUUCUUUCUUGUCUCAGCCACCACAAUCCUUUGUACUGUGCUGGUUGUGCAAGCUCCAGCACAUCCAAUUGGACACUGCUAGGUGUAACUACCUAACAGUGUUUUCCCUUGAAGCCAUAUCUCAUUACUGCCUUUUCCUUCCGUGUAUAUACCCCUAAAGCUUAAAACAUCUAGACAAUAACUAGGACUCCGGUAGAGAUCUGUUUCGCUCAUGAUAUCAAUACCGGCUGUUACAACAACUUAUCUGGAUUCACGUCCUAAAGCACGCCAGCGACCGGUACGAUGGAUUCUAGUAAUUCUUUGACUGAACGCGGCGCCAAGUUCGCGAUGGAGGAAUGGACUGAUGGGCCUCAAAAUAGCACAGAAAACUCCAUGAAGUACGAGGAAGGGGACCGAUUCAACUACCUCACCGGAUGGAGAUCGCAUGUUACUAUGGCAGCAUUGGGACUUGCUCUCUUCCUUGCAAACCUCGAACUUACCAUCAUCGGAACUGCUCUAGUGUCAAUAACGAACGAUCUCCACGACUUCGUAAAAGCUAGCUGGGUAGUCACGGCAUACUUGAUAACUUACACCUCUGGGCUAGUUAUCUGGGCGAAAAUCAGCGAUCACCUAGGACGCAAGCCUAUUUACAUUAUUUGUCUAAUCAUGUUUAGCGCCUUUGCCGGGGGCAGCGGCGCAUCCCAGACCAUGAUUCAAUUAAUCGUCUGUCGUGCGUUCCAGGGCCUCGGCGCCGGGGGUGUGUAUGCGGUGGCCGUCGUCAUGCUUUACGAAUUGAAGCCACCAAACAAGUUACCGCAGAUCGCGGCCGUGUCCGCCGGCGCAGUUGCCCUUGGGAAUGCUCUGGGGCCUGUUUUCGGUGGUUUGAUAUCACAAGGAUCAACUUGGCGAUGGGUAUUUUUACUUAACGUCCCGUCUGGCGCAGUCGCAGCAAUAGUCGUCUUUUUCGUAGUUCCAAACGAUUAUCCGUACCAAGGACUGCGCCGGCAAAGACAGCAAACCAAUUUCAAGGCCAUUGAUUUCACUGGAACCUUUCUGAUGCUUGCAGCAUUGGCAUUGCUUAUUAGCGGACUCGAACAAGCUGCGAUAUUGCUAUAUUGGACAUCUGCCACCGUUAUUGCCCCGAUAUGUGUUUCCGUGGUUGUGUGGCUAGCCUUCUUUGGUAGCCAGUGGUAUUUCUCUCGUCCUGGAAGCCUAACGGAGCCCGUAUUCCCUUGGCGGUUCUUGGAAAACCGAGAGAUAAUAGGUCUUCUCGUGAACUCAUUUAUGACGGGCUCAGUCAGUGUGACCUGUAUCAUUCAACUUCCAAUCCGAUACCAGACAACAGUGGGAGCCAGUCCGCUGCAAGCUGGUGUACGGUUACUGCCGUUCGUGAUGUGUGGCCCUAUUGGUGUUACACUGGUUGCUAUGCUUUCCAAAAAGCGGCGUGUGCCCCCUAUAUACAUUGGCCUCGUCGGGUCAAUUUUUCAAAUGCUGGGAUUGAUUUUCAUGGCUCGAGGCCCCCCAAAUAAUCCAGACUGGACUCCUCUAUAUGGGCUCGAAGUUUUGACCGGGAUGGGGAUGGGUAUUAGCAUCGGCUUUGUUACGUUGCUGACACCGUAUAUCGCGGAAAAGCGAGAUUUAGCUGUGGCGUCAGCCGCUGGAACCCAGUUUCGCUUCCUAGGAAGCGCGCUUGUUGUUUCCAUUACCACUGCUGUGGGAAAUGGAUGGAUAAAGGAUCAACUAUCUAGCUACUUGACUUCUUCACAGAUCGAGCAAAUUUUCCAAACGACAGCAACCAUAGAUAAACUCCCAGAGCAGUUACAACCUUCUGUUAGAAGUACAUUUGUGAGAGGUUUCAAUCUCCAAAUGCAUAUCGUGCUUGGAUUUGCGGUUGCCUCUGUAUUCAGCAUAGCGCUGAUGUGGCGAAGGUCCCAGAUCAGAGUAGAUUAAACGCACUGAGAUUCUGAUAUCACCUAGAUAUCCAUACAUUUCUUAUAUGCGAAGUUUCUACCUGGGUGUAAUGCGGUUAUCAUCACUAUGAGGAGGUAUUGUCUUUUUCCCGCUAACAAAUAAUUGGGCGUAUGUCAAUUACGGAAGUGUACGUUGAAUUGAUAAAGUGAAUUAACACGCGCUG